UUAGUACUUUGUAACAUCAUUGAGCACUUACUCACGUGCUUCAUGUAGAAUGACAUAGAUAAUUAUUGAUAAUUAUUGACUUAUAUAAACUAAAAAUUAUUUUAAGAACUUCUAGAGAAAAUCACAUAGUGGCUUUAAUAAAUUAUUAUAGUUGAUUGUGUAAUAAUUCAACUAAAAAUGGCAAAGUUUCGUAAAAAAUUAAAAACUAAAGGAAAACGAUGGCAAAAAGGUCAGAGUUCUGUAACUAAUCCAGAUACAAAAAAGUUUCGCUCACAAGCACAAGUAAAUUUUGGCAAACCAAUUUUCGGUGAAAAUACAUCUAUUAAUAAUGGAAAAAGUUUACUAACUCAAAAUACUCUUAAACAUCAUGAUAAUAUUACAAAUGGUCUUAGUAUUAAUAAACAUGAAGAUAUCAUGUCCCAAACUAGUACUUCUACUUAUAAAACAUUUGAAACUUUUGCAUCUGAUUGGAGCUCUUGUACAAAUCCAUCAUUCAACAGAUUAUUGAAUAACUUUAGCUCAAACUCUUACUUGCAUAAAGAAAUGUUAGCCAUUCUUGCUGCUCUAACUGAUGUUAUUAAAGCUAAUGGUGGCAAGGAGACUUCUACAGAAUAUUUUGCUACACUUAUUACAACCCUGCAAUCUACAUUAAAUCAUGGACAGGAUGAUUGUGAAGAUAGUAUUACAGCUAUGGUUAGUUUAUUGAGUAUGGGUUUGAAAUGUGUGCCUAGAGAAGUAUUAUGUACUAAAUUUGGAUUUACUACUCAAAUUUUAAUAUCAAUCCUGGCUAAGUAUGCAGAAUCUGACAACAGUAACUUAUUGAAAUCUAUAUUCAGCUGUUUAUCAUUAUUACUUCGAAUACAAGAAAAAAUUAUUUGGUCACAUAGUUCAACUAUUCAAGUAUAUGAUGCCAUGCUUAAUUUUAUAAUACAUCCAAAACCAAAAAUUAGAAAAUCUGCUCAGCAUGCUAUAUGUAGCAUUUUGAAAAGUUAUAAAAAAUCUAUUCAUCCUAUGUCUGGUUAUACUGCUUCGUACUGUACAAAAAUGUUAACAUCAACUGGAUCAACUACUAAUAAUAUAACUACUAUUCUUCACAUUUUAACAUUGUUGAAAGAACUUAUGCCCAUUUUUCCAAAAAAAGAAAUGAAACCUCUUUGUGAAGAAGUUUUGAAACUAAUGACUUUAAAUCAUCCAUUAUUACUAUCUUGUGGUUUUCAAGUUUUUCAUGGAUUAUUUGUUUCUUAUCCUCCAUCAGAUUUAGUGUUACCAGCUUCAUUAAAUGCUAAAUUAUUAAUAGCACUUUUUGACUAUCAACCUACACCAGUUGACACACAACCUACAUUAGCUUGGUUAGCUGUAGUACAAGAAGCUUUUAUAUGUCUUUCCAAGAGUGAUUUGUUGUUAUGUAUUUCUAACUUAAAAAAAAUGUUUAAAUUAUGUAUUGAAUUAUGGAAUAAUGGUAGUCCUGAAUCAUUAAAAGCUACUGGAUCUACAUUACGUGUACUUGUUGAAGAUUGUAUAGGUUUGGCUACUGAAUCUAGUUAUACCAACUCUGUGUCUGUAUUAUUUAAUUUAAUCAUGCAGUGCUUAUCAUAUCACUACAAAAAUGCUUGUUCUCAAGUGUUGCAUACAAUAUCAACUUUUUUUAAAGUUUAUGGCAAGUGUGAACCAAGAAUAUUUCUAGAAUGUGUAAAGUUAUUAGGCCAACUAAGAGAUUCUAAUGAGACUCAAUUUGUUAAUGAACUCGAAUUAACUGUAGGAGCUGCUAUUAAAUACAUAGGGCCUGAAUAUAUAAUUUCUGAAAAAGUGAUACCAUUAAAGAUUGAUGAUGUUGGGGAAUUUAAGCGUAGUUGGUUACUACCUGUUUUAAAAGAUAGCAUAACAAAUUCUACCUUAGAAUGUUUUAAUGGUCAAUUUUUACCUUUAGCACUUCAUUGUCGAGAAAAGUAUGAGAGUGCUUUAAAAGCUAAUGAUAAAAUUUCUGGUAUAAGUUUUGAUCUCCUUGAAUCUCAAAUAUGGUCUCUGUUGGUUAGUUUUUGCACAAAUCCUUCAGAUAUAUCAACAUCAUUUCAAAAAAUAGCUAAAACAAUGGGUAUAAUUUUAAGUAAUCGUAAAGAAUUGAGAGAUAUUAUUCUCCUAUCCCUAAGAAAGCUCAUUGAUUUUGCAUCAAGUGAUGCAGCUAAUCCAGAUGACAAAAUUCAGCUUGGUCAUUUUGCCAAAAACUUUUUGCCUAUAUGUUUAAAUUUGUAUACAAAUCCAUCACAUGGAACUGAUGAAGAAGCAACAAGAGUUUCUGCCUUAGAAACUAUUAAAGUGUACCUGACAUUAUCCGAUAAAGAUCUUAAAGAACAGUUAUUCAAUAAAUGUUGUGAAAUGAUUGAUAACUCAAAGGAUGCAGAAACUAUAGUUCUAGAGAGUAUUCUUGAUAUUGUUAGAGUUCUAAUUCCACAUCAAUCUGUAAAAACUUUAAAAACUUUUUUCGACUCAAGAAUAUCAAAAAUUAAGAAAAUUAAAAACUUUAAAGAGGAAAAAAAAUAUUUUAGAAUUUUAGAAGAUAUCUGUUCAUCAAAAACACAAACAUGUAAUUCUUUUAUUAAAAAAAAUAAUGAACACUUACGAAAUUUUAUAAUUUCUACAACACAAGAUGUAGCAGCUACAAGUCGAGGACCACGAUUGCGUUGUUUAUUUCAUCUUUUGGAUCAUAUUAAUGAUAAUUGUCUUAUGCAAAGUAUUGUAAUUCAUUUACCAGAAGCAGUACUUUGCUGUAAAGGUGCUAAUGUAAACAAACGUUGUCGUGAAUGUGCUUUUGUAUUAAUCAAUAAAAUGGCUUCAUUGUUAUUCAAAACCGAAAAUGGCGUGGAUAACUUUUUGAAUGCAUUAUCAGCUGGAUUAGCUGGUUCUAUUCCUAUGAUAAGUUGUACUAUUCUUGCAGUAGCCUCUGUUCUUCAUAAUUGUAAAAGUGAAAUCAGUACUAAUCAUCUUGAAACAAUAAUUAGUAAUAUAGGUUUACUAGCUACAACAGGAACUAGAGAAGUUGUUGGGUCUGCUUUGAGUUUUUUUAAAGUAAUCAUUACAUCAUAUUCUAAUGAUAUACUACCUUUUCUUCUAACUAUAGUAGGCUCUCUAUCGAGAAUGACAAAUGAUUGCAAAAGAAAAUUUCGUCAAGAAACUAAAAGUAUUUAUCAAAGAUUAAUUCGUAAAUUUGGACCGGAGUUAAUUAUUAAAUUUGUACCACAUUCUGAUAAUCAAACAUUAGUACGUUUGCGGGCACUGAACAAGGAAUCCAUUCGAAAUCAAAAAAAAAAAAAGGAGAUGAAAUUUAAAGGGAAAAAAGAAAAUAUCAUCAAUUCUGAUUUUAAUCUUAAAACUAAACCAAAAACGUUUGAAGAAAUAUUGGCAGAAUGUGAACAUGAUGAUAUAAUGAUACCUAAAUUUGACAAAAAGCAAUUAAAUAAAAAUACAGGGAAAAAAAAUAAAAAAAUUGAAAAUUAUUUACAUGAAAAAGAAGAUGAUAUAUUAGAUUUUACUGAAGCUACUACAAAUAAAAAAAUUUUGCGUAAGUUAAUGUUUUAUAUUAUUAAACACAGCGGAGCGACGCAUAAACACAUGUUCACUGUACAACAGCCACCGCCAUUCAUUGCCAUGAGGACUUACCAAAGGGUGAGAAAGCGCAGGGGUCAAGACGAGUGCAGGAUAGCUAUCAGGAAGAGUCAGGAGGAGAGCUGGAAAAAGCUGUGCGAGACGGUGGAGGAUCGUCCUUGGGGUAUUCCGUACCGUAUAGUUAUGAAGAAAAUGGUUGGUAGAAGACCUAUACCUGGACUGACAUUGCCAGGCCGGUUACAGAGCAUUCUACGGGGACUUUUCCCCGUCAGACCGAUGGUCGAUUGGCAUAUAUGUGAGGAUCAAGCUGAAAUAGAGGAAGUGUCAGAAAGCGAGAUCAAAGAAAUUGCACAAGCUCUACCAUCGAAUAAAGCGCCCGGCCCGGACGGCAUUCCGGACUUCAUAUUAAAGGCGUUAUGUACCAAGAAACCGAAAGAAGUGGCAGAAGAAAAAGGACAAGCCGCUAGAUCUACUGUCUUCCUACAGGCCACUGAGUCUAGUGAACACCAUUGGGAAGUUGUUUNAAAAUUGUUUAAAGAAGGCGUGAGGCAAAGUACCAAGAGAGGUUUUAAAGUAGGCGAUGAAAUGGAUGUGGAAGACUAUGAUAGUGACAAAGAAGUACUUUAUAAAAUUAAUUCAAAAUACAGCCCUGGUGGAAAAGGUAUUCAUAGACCAUUAUUAAAGAGUAUAAGAAGAAAGAACAAUGAUGGUAAAUUGAAAAGGUUUAAAAAUAGCCCUCAAAGUAACAAAAUAAGAGGUAAAAAAUCAAAAGGAAAUAUACGACCAUUUUCUUAUACAUCAUUUAAAAGUUAUGGAGAGUUAAAAAAAAAAAAGAAGACAAAUAAUAAUAAUUCUUAAAUUAUAAAU